AUUUCUCCCUUUCAUCCUCUCGUUCUCUCUGCUCUCAGCUUCUCUCUCGCCGAUCGGCGAGGCUGCGUGUAUCUCUCACCCUCUCUGGCUCACUGCUCACAGCCGCCAAGCCCACCAGGCCACCACGCCUCCCUCACCUUCUCGGAAACGGUGGAACCCUCCGGCCUUCUUCUCAGCUCCUUUGGACAGAGAGAACGAAAAAUCCUUUCAUAGAUCGGGCUUCUCUUGAUCGAGUAAGGUUCAUCUCUCGUCCCUCAUCUCCACCAGAACCUCCUUGAUAACGCCGGUGAAAUGUCUGACCGUGAGCAUGAGAUGGAUGAUAUGGAUGAUGAUGACAUUAUGGAUGAAGGUGCUGAGUUUGAUAUCCCUCAAAAUGCUGAACUAAAUGAUGAUUUGAUGCCUGAAAUUAACAAUGAGUCUGAAAAAAAGAAGGUUGUUGGUCUAAAAAAAAGGGCUCCAUGCUGGAAGCAUUUUACAACUAUUACACCGGAAGGUCAUCCGAAACCUAGGGCUGCAUGCAAUUGGUGUGGUGUCGAUUAUGCUUGUCACUCGAAGUUAAAUGGUACUAAAUCACUAACUCAUCAUCUAGCGUAUCAGUGUACCAAAUAUCCACCAAGUAAGAAAUUUGCAGGUUCUAGGCAAAAACUCCUUAGUUUUCAAAAGAAAGAACACAAUGGUGAAACAAGUGCAAACCUUUUGCCUGUGGCCUUUAGUGUUGAUGCUUGUAAAAGGGCACUAGCGAGGAUGAUAACAAUUGAUGAGUUGCCUUUUUCAUUUGUUGAGGGUGAAGGAUUCAAAGAUUUUAUUAGUGUCGUUCAACCAAUGUGGAAUCCUCCUCGUAGGCUUGUGAUGGCAAAAAAAAUCAUGGUCAUGUAUGAGGAGGAGAAAAAAACAUUGAAACAUACACUCAAGCAUCAAAGGGUUUGUCUUACAACGGACACUUGGACUUCGGUCCAAAAUCUGAAUUACUUGUGUCUUACGGGUCAUUUUAUUGAUGAGAAUUGGAGGUACCAAAAGAAAAUUCUGAAUUUUUGUGUUGUUCCUAAUCACAAAGGUGAUACUCUUGUAAUUGUUUUGUUUGGAUUGAGAAGUUCUACCAUGGGUACACAAAUGGUAUGGCUUGAUGUGUUGAGUGAAGUGAAUGGUGACUCCGUGACUGUGAUUGUGACUGUGAAGGGUGAUUGGUCAAAAAAAAUUAGUGAAGGCCUGAAGGGUGACUGUGUUUUAUUUGGCUUCAAUCAGCAACUUCUUUUCAAGGCAAAUAGAAAGAAACACAGGUGGAUUGGUUACACUCCUCUAUGGCUUUGGACUUGUGUAAAGGUUAUAAAUACAAUGGGUUGGUCUCAACUCUCGCUCACCAAUUCUGCAGUCUCUUGA